ACACCGCCACAGGCUCAGCCCGUACAACAUCUUCGGCUUCCGUAGCCGACCAGUUCUCUUUCUCAACUUUCAGAUUACAAAUAGUGGACUUCUAAGUUUUAAAUUUUACAUUUUAACCCCAAAAAAGUAAUAACAUUACAUUUCUAUAUUCAACCCCAUAAAUAAAUCAUUGAACAGUUACAGUGGCUUGACGUGUUAGCCAACUCUUUCUUCUUCUUUUCUAUUACUCAAUUCCUUCCUUAUUUUUCUACUUUGCUCCUGUCUUUUCAUUUUUCAUUCAGAUUCUUUAUUCCACACCCAAAUUAUACAUAAACUUCAAAUCUUUACGUACAUAAUCAGCACCAAUCAGUUUUCUGAGGCUCAUACAAAAAAUAUGGAAGUUUUAUCAUCAUCAUCAUCACCUUUAUCAGUUCACUCAAGAUUAGAUUUGGGUCCUCUUAAUCCAGCCUCUAAAACUAAACUUGAUCCUCUCUUAGCAUUUCACUGUAUAAAUAAUAACAGCAGUACAAUAAAUUCAUCUGGUUCUUCUUGUUUUGGCAUUUCAAUCUCAUAUAAACACAACCCACUAAAUUCCCUGUCUUUUAAACGCUCUAAAUUGCGUAGAAAGCGUAGAAUUCUCCCAAUUUCGUCAGUUUUUGAGAGGUUUACAGAGAGGGCUAUUAAAGUUGUGAUCUUUUCUCAGAGAGAAGCUAGAGCUUUGGGGAAAGAUAUGGUCUUUACUCAGCAUCUUUUGCUGGGUUUAAUUGGGGAGGAUCGGGAUACGAAUGGGUUUCUUGGUUCUGGGAUUAAAAUUGAUAGAGCUCGUGAGAUUGUUCAAGAAAUUUGGACUAAUGAUGGUGAUGAGAGGAAUGUUUCUGUUUCGAGUACUGCGAAAAAUGCGACGGAUGUGCCCUUUUCGACUAGUACGAAGAGGGUAUUUGAGGCUGCAGUUGAGUAUUCAAGGACUAUGGGUUAUAAUUAUAUUGCACCUGAGCAUAUGGCUAUUGGGUUGUUGACUGUGGAUGAUGGGAGUGCCAGUCGUGUGCUCCAGAGAUUGGGGGCAAAUCUAGAUGACUUGGCAACUGCAGCAGUCGCCAGACUUCAAGGUGAACUUGCGAAAGAAGGAAGAGAACCACCUGUGGAAGGGAAAGGGACGCGUGAAAAGUCCUUCUCGAAGAAAGCUGGAGCUUUAAGAUCCUCUGGAAAAACAAAAGAGAAAAGUGCUCUUGCUCAAUUCUGUGUGGAUCUUACUGUGCGUGCCAGUGAAGGACUUAUUGAUCCUGUUAUUGGGCGAGAAACUGAAAUUGAAAGAAUUGUUCAGAUACUUUGCCGCAGAUCCAAAAAUAACCCUAUUCUUCUUGGUGAAAGUGGGGUUGGAAAAACUGCCAUUGCUGAAGGACUAGCCACUCGUAUUGCGCAGGCUGAUGUUCCUCUUUUUCUCAUAGCAAAGCGUGUUAUGUCCUUGGAUAUGGGACUGCUAAUUGCUGGUGCGAAGGAAAGGGGAGAACUAGAAGCACGUGUUACCACAUUAAUAAAAGAGAUAAUGAAAGAAGGUAAUAUCAUACUUUUUAUUGACGAAGUCCACACAAUUGUCGGGACUGGCACGGUUGGACGGGGAAGCAAAGGAUCUGGUUUUGACAUUGCUAAUUUGCUGAAGCCAGCUCUUGGGAGGGGUGAAUUACAGUGCAUUGCAUCCACUACAGUAGAUGAAUACAGAGCACAUUUCGAAGUUGAUAAAGCGUUAGCACGAAGGUUCCAGCCUGUGUCAAUUGAUGAGCCAAGUCAGGAAGAUGCAGUUAAAAUACUGUUGGGUCUACGCCAGAAAUACGAGGCCUAUCAUAACUGUAGCUUCACAUUGGAAGCAAUAAAUGCUGCUGUUUAUUUGUCAGCAAGAUACAUUGCCGAUAGAUAUCUUCCCGAUAAAGCUAUUGAUCUGAUUGAUGAGGCAGGAAGUAGAGCUCGUAUUGAGGCUCAUAGGAAGAAGAAAGAAGAGCAAACAGGCAUACUUUCGAAGUCGCCGGAUGAUUAUUGGCAAGAAAUUAGAACUGUUCAGGCGAUGCAUGAAGUGGUCCUGGCCAGCAGGAUGAGAAAUGAUGGCAGUGCUUCGAGUUCUGAAGACUCGGGUGAAAUCAUUUUGGAGUCCCCUAAACCUGUCACAUCAGAUGACAAGCCCAUGGUGGUGGGUCAUGAUGAUAUAGCAGCCGUGGCUUCACUCUGGUCAGGAAUCCCAGUUCAGCAGCUCACUGCUGAUGAAAGAAAGUUUCUGGUGGGUCUGGAGGAUGAACUCAGAAAACGGGUCAUUGGUCAAGAUGAGGCUGUUUGUGCCAUAUCUCGAGCAGUUAAAAGGUCUCGGGUUGGUUUGAAGGAUCCUGAUAGGCCCAUAGCAGCACUGAUGUUUUGUGGCCCAACUGGGGUUGGCAAGACUGAACUAGCAAAAGCUUUGGCAGCAAGCUACUUUGGAUCGGAGUCGGCUAUGCUGAGAUUGGACAUGAGUGAAUACAUGGAGCGACACACUGUGAGCAAAUUAAUAGGGGCACCCCCAGGUUACGUCGGUUUCGGCGAGGGUGGCACUUUGACAGAAGCUAUUAGAAGACGGCCUUUCACAUUGGUAUUACUUGAUGAAAUAGAGAAAGCUCAUCCAGAUGUUUUUAAUAUCCUCCUCCAGUUGUUUGAAGACGGUCGCCUAACUGAUUCUCAGGGAAGGCGAGUAUCAUUUAAAAAUGCAUUGGUGGUGAUGACCUCAAAUGUGGGAUCCACUGCUAUCGCAAAGGGAGGACGCACCUCCAUCGGUUUCAUGAUUGCAGAUAAUAAUGAGUCAACUUCAUAUGCUGGAAUAAAAGCAUUGGUGCUGGAAGAACUCAAAUCAUAUUUUCGUCCUGAGCUACUCAACAGGAUUGAUGAAGUAGUAGUAUUCCACCCCCUCGAGAAGUCUCAGAUGCUGAAGAUCUUAAGUGUGAUGUUGAGAGAGGUGAAAGAAAGGCUAAUAUCUCUUGGGGUCGGCUUAGAGGUGUCUGAAUCUGUGAAGGAGCUUGUAUGCAAACAGGGUUACGAUCCAAUUUAUGGCGCUCGGCCUCUUAGAAGAGCAGUGACUCAAAUAAUUGAAAAUCCAGUUAGCGAAGCAUUACUUGCUGCACAAUUCAAGCCCGGGGAUACUGCGAUGGUUGAUCUCGAGGCUUCAGGAAAUCCUGUGGUCAUAAAUCUGUCAGAUCAGAGCAUUCACGUGUCUGAUAUAACAACAGUCUCGUAGCUAACGAAUUUGUAUGAUACAGAUUAUGUAAUCUUUAUACCUGUAUAUAACAUGUUACAUGUAUAAGUUUUGUAUUGUAAGUCUGGAGUUUGCAAUUUCAAUCCAAAAAUGUAUAUAAAGAUCAAAAGCAUCUCAGAUUCUCAAUUCUAAGGCUUGUAGGCGUAAGUUACUUUGGAUUUGAAUUUUGUUGACUCCCAUGGAUAUAUAAAAUUUGAUAUUCUUUAAUUUAAA